CGAUAACGAUAGGCUAAGAACACAAUAUGAUACACCAAUUGGCAUCUGUUGUCUCAUUCGCUAGCUAACUGUUCGCAGUAAACGACGGUUUGUGUUCAAUUCGAGUCGGUGUUAACACAUCACAAAUACAACUUUAAUAAUGGGCGUUCCAGCUGGUGAUGUUGAGAAGGGCAAGAAGCUGUUCGUGCAGCGUUGCGCACAGUGCCACACCGUUGAGGCCGGUGGCAAGCACAAGGUCGGCCCCAACCUGCAUGGUCUGAUCGGUCGCAAGACCGGCCAGGCGCCCGGCUUCGCCUACACAGAUGCCAACAAGGCUAAGGGUAUCACCUGGAACGAGGACACACUGUUCGAGUACCUGGAGAACCCCAAGAAAUACAUCCCCGGCACCAAGAUGAUCUUCGCCGGUCUGAAGAAGCCCAAUGAGCGCGGGGAUCUGAUUGCCUAUCUGAAAUCGGCCACCAAGUAAAUCUAGACACCACCUUAGCAAACAGGAUAAUUCUGUAUUACGGUCGAUAUUACCACAACAACAACAAACAAAACAAUCUACAUAAUACAUACAUAUAUAAAAAGCAAGAGAAAAAUACAGAAACUACAAUUAUGUUAAUUAUAAAGUUUAAAUAGGACAAUUACAUUAUUUAAUUUUAUUUUAAAAAGUGUAACGACCACGAGAUGAACAACAAAAUAAUUAAAUAACAAAAAACCACAAAAACCAA